AUGUCGGCACCCGGUCUUUCUCUCGUGCGUGCCAGAGCGCUGUGCAAUAUUGCAAAAUGGGUUCACACAGGAGGCCAAACAGCGUCCAACUGGAGCGGAGAAAUGCGGGGAUAUAGCACAAAAGCACGAAGCUUUCGGGAAUACUGUUCACCACAUUUCCAGGCUAAACGAGAUAACGCGAACCAAAGCCUCCUGAAGGACUUUCCAGAUCCUAAAGGGCUGUUGAACAGAACCAUCUGCCGUUCGCUGGGUGUGAGCGACCUGUCCCAGCUCGUCCAGUACAGCUGCACGGAACAUGCGGGUAUCAAGAGAGCCACUGUCACGCUACUGUGGCCCUGCAGGAUGGAAGAGGAGGGUCAUGCCUCUAAGAAGAUCGAUGCAGAGCGACUUGCUGCGGCUGCUGCUUGUCAGAAGCUCAAAGAAAUGGGUGUCAUUGGUCCAAAUAAUCAGCUCCCCAUGAAGAGAUCUGGCAGAAUGCAGCCAAGUUCAGGUCUUAAUGAUCAUAAGGACUACUUGCCUACAGAAAAUGUCCAUGUGUCCAGUGGGAAAGCACAUCAGCAAAAACAAUGGCUGCCCCCAGCAGAGGACAUCUCCAACAUCACUGAAGCUCUUUCUCUGUUUCCACAACCGAAAUCCCUCCUCACCAGGGUCAUCCAGGUGGCCACAUCAUCCAACAGAAUCAGGGAGCUUAUACAGUACAAAACAACAGGAGGGAAGCAAAAGAUGUGUGAGCUGACCCUGCACUGGCCAGAGGAGAUGAGAUUCUCAGCCACAGCCAGAAAACAAGUGACAGCGGAGAGGAUGGCUGCAGCUCUUGCCUGCAUGAAACUGAAGGAGCUGCGGCUGCUAGAUAAAAACAACAACCCGCUGACUCACGUCCAGUACCAUAAAGAGAAGGUGAGGGAGGCUGGAGAGCGAGAGAAGCGCCCUCUUCCCCUGGAAAUCCCACAGCACCUGGAGGAAAGCAUAAGAGAGUAUCUCACACAGUACCCAGUGGCAACAGAAAUACAGAACCUUUGGGAGGAGGAAGAGAUGAGAGAACAGCAGGCAUUAAACCAGCAGCAUGAGGAGGAAGAGGAGGACAUGGUGACAGACGCCAUCACUGGCAGGCUGUACAGGCCUCUGUCAAAACAGGAAGCCCAGCAUCUUAGCGCCUACCUGCAGGGGGAAUGGGAGACAGCAAACCCCGUGCUGAGUUUGAAGCUCCCAGUCGAUGACCAUCGUCAGCGCGUGGUCUCGGCAGUGCGGUCCUCCAGGGUGGUCGUGAUCGCCGGUGAAACGGGGUGUGGGAAAACAACACGGAUCCCUCGCUUCCUGCUGGAGCAGUGUGUGAGGGGUGGCGAGGGCGCUGAGUGCAACAUCCUGGUGACCCAGCCCCGUCGGAUCAGCGCUGUGUCCGUGGCCCAUCGCGUCGCUCAAGAGAUGGGUUCAGCUCUCAAACAAUCUGUGGGAUAUCAGGUGAGAUUUGACAGCCAAACACCAGAGCAGAGUGGAGGAGCCUUGCUGUUCCUCACGGUUGGCGUCCUGCUGAGGAAGCUGCAGUCGAACCCGACCCUAAAGGGAAUCAGCCACGUGGUGGUGGACGAGGUCCACGAGAGAGACAUUAACACAGACCUGCUGCUGGCUCUGCUGCGCUCCAUAUUAAACGAGAACCCCGACCUACGAGUGGUGCUUAUGAGUGCGACUGGGGACAAGCAGAGGCUGGCCCAGUACUUUGGAGGCUGUCCAGUCAUAGAAGUGCCUGGGUUCAUGCACCCAGUGAGGGACAGAUACCUGGAGGAUGUGCUGACAGAGAUGAGGCGCCCACUACAAGUCCAAAGGAGAGUGGAAACGGACAAGCAUGGAGGAACACUUGAGGCUGGACCAGAUCUCGAGUUAGUAGCUGAUGUAAUCGAGCACAUUGACAAACAUGGAGAACCAGGAGCAGUGUUGUGUUUCCUCCCUGGAUGGCAGGACAUCAGGAUUGUGCAAGAGACUCUGGAGGCGAGACCCAGCUUUUGUUCAGGCUCGCAGAUGAUCUUGCCAUUGCACUCAAGUUUGUCAGUCGCAGACCAGCAGGCAGUGUUCCAGCGCCCCCAAGUGGGUCAGAGGAAAAUUGUCCUCGCCACUAACAUUGCUGAGACUUCAGUCACCAUAGAUGACAUCGUCCAUGUGGUGGAUACCGGAACUCACAAAGAACAGAAUUAUGACCCACUGACUAAGGUCUCCUGUCUGGACACAGUUUGGAUAUCUCGCUCCAAUGUCACUCAAAGAAAAGGGAGAGCAGGACGAUGUCAACCAGGACAGUCUUACCACCUGUUCCCACGAAAACAGCUGGAAUCCAUGACGACCUUCCCCGUCCCUGAGAUCCUGCGCACCCCGCUGGAGAAUUUAGUAGUGCAAGCCAAAAUCCACAGCCCUAACUGCAAGGCUGUGGAUUUCUUGUCCCAGGUGUUAGACAGUCCAGAGACGGAAGCUGUGAGAGAUGCUGUCCAAAAUCUACAAGACAUUGGAGUUCUGGACAAGACAGAAACCCUGACGCCUUUAGGAGAGCGCGUUGCCUGCAUGUCAUGUGACCCUCGUCUGGGCAAAGUGCUGGUCCUGAGCGCCGUGUUUAGAUGUGUCCUGCCCAUGCUGGCUGUAGCUGCAUGUCUGACCAGAAACCCAUUUUAUAACAGCCUGCAGGACAGAGCACAAGUAAACAAGGCGAAAGAAGCUCUGAGCGGCUCCAGCUACAGCGACUAUUUAAUGUUCAUUAGAGCUGUGUUGGGCUGGAGGAGAGUUCAGCAGGAGGGGCAAAGAUUGGAGAGAGCUGAAUAUCUGGACAUGCACAGUCUGUCGAAAUUCAGCCUUCGAUUCAUUAAUGGUCUCAUCUCUCAGUUCAGCACGAACCUGCACGAAGCAAAGCUGGUGUCUCGUAGUCACGAGUGCCAGCGUCACACUUCUCUCUACAACAAGCACAGCAACGAGGACGAGCUGCUAAAAGCUGUACUGCUGGCUGGAUUCUAUCCCAACCUCAUUCAGGUGAAGAAAGGUGUUGUGUCGAAAGGACGCUUUCGCCCUGACAACCUGUCAUUCCGCACAUUCAGUGGGCCGGUACUGCUUCACAGCUCCUCAGUGAACAGAGGAAAAAAAGAGUUCCCUAGUCGCUGGUUGACCUUCUUCAACGCUGUCAAAUCCAAUGGGAGUGUUUUCAUCAGAGAGUCUUCUGCGGUCCAUCCACUCGCCCUGCUGCUGCUCACAGACUGUGAUAUCACGGAGAUGGUGAAAGGAGACAGAGUGAAGGUGUCACUUGUUGGACACUCUCUGGUGCACUGCGAGCUGUCAGUUGAGACCUGGGGGCUGCUGUGGGAGCUACGGACUUCCAUCCAGACCAUGCUGUACCGCAACCUCAACAACCCCGACAACGCGAUCACCAACUCUGCUCAAGACGGAAAACUCAUCUCGUUACUGGUAGAGCUGCUCAACAACACAGACUCGAACCCUUUUAUUCAGAACCAAGACAGUGACAGUGAGGUGGACUGAUGGCAUCGAGCACCGUCUGCAUGUGUACUUUGGAUCUGCUGGCUGGCACAGAGGAACCAAAGAGGAUGACGGUAUCUCAUUUGUACAGGUUUUUGUUUUUUUGAGAAUUUGUGACUCCUUGAGAUAAUACUGAAUGUGCCGAGCCAAUCAGGACUCUUGAAGAGCUGAGACGCGCGGUGGACUGCCGUCUCCUACUGUUAUUGUUCAUAUAAAUGAUGAACUCUGCGUGGUGAAAGAAAAUCCAUUGGUUUGGAUUUUGGACUGUAGUUUGUUAUUUAAUGGUUAUUUGCUUUCUGAAUAGCAGAAGUUGAAUAUUACUCUAAAAAAGUAAAGAGAAAGGUUAUUAUAAUAAACUGCAUGCAGUAAAUAAUUUCCUACUUACUGCAAUAAAUGUUCACAUGCCAACAUAAGGAAAAUGAUUGGUUUGUUUUUUUCAGAUACAAGUAAGUGACAGGGAGAAAAUAAUUCUUAUUUAUCCCCUUAAGUGCCUUUUGCUUAAGAAAAAUCCUUCAUAAACUGUGUGUGAAAGCAGGUCAGGCGGCUCAGUAAUUCUUCCAUAGUCUUCUCAGCUGUCAUGAUGGAAAAUCUGCAAAGAGAAAGGAAGGUCAAAGGUUUUUCCAUACAUCCAUUUGCAAGACUAAUUAUUAAAUGAAAUACUUGUCCUUAUCAAGCCAAGGUUUGUUUACCAGAAAACAUGUUUUAUUUGUGUGUAGAAAGGCCAGAUUUUUAACUGUAUUUAGACUAAUCAUGCUUGAUUUCAAUGCUGUGUAAUACCUGAUGUGGUGGGUGCCCUCCUUUUGUCCGUCCUCACAACCAGGACUGAUAAACACACCAGCCUCCUCUAGCAGUCUGGCACAGUAGAACGUAUCUGGUUGCAUUCCCACUUCCUGAAAUAAGCAAAGCAUAACCAGGUUGAAAAUAUAUUAUAGCUCAAUUGUCAGUGACUCCCAAAUCAACAUGUCUGACAAUUGCAGGGUCCCAGUGAUGAGUGUAUCAGGCCUUCAUUAUAAAACGGUGGCAGUUUGCUUAGAAUUAGACACAAAAAACUGCUUGGUUAGGUUUAGGAAAAGAUUCUGGUUUGGCUUAAAAUAAUUAUGUUGCUCUUAUACAUGUGAUGCAAUUUAAGUACAGUAACCAAGUAAAAAUAAGUCAACGUUUACUUUCGCACAAACAGCGGUCUCCUGGCUGAAAGUCUGUGCUUGCUCGACCCAUCCGUGCACCCACCCACACCUCCUACAUAUGCUUUCUUGCUCUUUGUACUUCGUCACCGAACUUCCUCCUUUGCUUCAUAAUUCCUCAUAAUUAUUAUGGCCAGAAGAGGUGGCCACCUAAUAAACGACGAUGUCGCCA